AUGUUAAAAUCACAUAAUUUGAUUUUCCAGUCACUGUUGGACAGUCGUGUGAAACAACUCAUGGACUGGAAUCAAAGAAAACCUGUUAUAAGGUUGAAUGGGGAUAAGUACAGAACUUAUCUGAGGGCAUCACCAAGGAAUUAUUCAGUGAUUCUUAUGCUCACAGCUCUAGCACCACACAGGCAAUGUACCAUCUGUAGGUAAGAGAUAUUUUAAUGUGCUCUUAGAGGCUCAAGUCAUUGUGGGAUUCUUUCACUCUCUGCACUUGCUUUCAAAUGACAAUGAAAUAUUUUAUUGAUAAAGUCAACAUCAUACACAUGUACAUACAUAUCAUCAGUAUCAUAGACCUCUAUUACCACCAUCACAUUACUGUUAAUUCUGAUGAAAUUGAAAAAUGAUUGCACACCUUUUUUGAGCUUUUAAAUCCACUUUAAGUGCUUUUUUGCUUGCUUUAUUUGGUGUUUGUAAUGCAGAUAUCAACAUUUAGACGGGGAAAGGGGAUAUGGGCAUAUGUGUGGGUGUGAUAUUUGAACACUUGCUUUGUUCCCUCGCUGGGGAUUUUGACCACAAAUUUUUGCCCAAACUGUGGUUUUGUUCCCCAUGAAAAGGGAUUCUAUCAGAUUUGAACUAAUUUCCAGUCCCAAGGAUCAGGAAAUUGAAAAAAAAAUUGCUAAAAAAUUCAAAUGCUACCCCUAUGCCUGUGACCCACCAACACCGCCCCUCCCCGCCCCCCUUCCAUUCAAAAAUUGACACCCGCAUAAGCAGUUGUGUUUGUAUUUGGGUUGUGUUUGAAGUUGUCAAAAUAUGAAAAUCCAACUUGGAUAUCAUGGCAAUUCUUAGUCUUUCACAAAUUAAAGAGAUUUCACUGUUAAAUAGAUAAUACACUAAACGAACCUUCAGUUGACUAUGCCUCUAAAUUAUAUUCCAAAGUUAUCCUUACCUAUCUCCUUUUUGUGUCAGCUUAUAUAAAGCUUCCUGGGAAAAGGACCCAAAUUUUUCUUGUCUUGUCAGGUAGCUAGUUUUCUGAUAACAUAAAUAACUAUGAUUCACAAAUAACAAUUCACAAUCUGUUGUCUUCUUUGCAGAGAAGCUAACAAUGAGUAUACAAUCCUUGCUAAUUCCUGGCGAUAUUCUCAGCAGUAUUCCAACAAAGUGUUCUUUGCAAUGGUUGACUUCGAUGAGGGCCCAGAUGUAUUUAAUGCGGUAAGACGUUUUAAAUAAAUGUUUUUUUGCAUAAAUUUGACUUCCUGAUGGCACAUUUUUGUACAUUUUAAUUUGGGAGUGUAGGUUCUUUAUGCUCCUCAUGUGUAUCUGCUGAAAUGUUUCUUCUGUCACAAGUUCAUUGAAUGUCAGCCUUAGAUGUGCUGAUUAAAUGGAAACUGAAACUGCAAGUUCUGUUACUUUUUUUUUCUAGCUACGGUUGAACUCUGCUCCCAUGUUUAUGCACUUCCCACCCAAAGGAAAACCCAAAAAGGCGGACACCUAUGAUAUUCAAAGGUACACAUUUACUGAAAAAACAUAAUCUUUUAAAGUGAAAUACAUAGAGAAUGCUGCAUAUCGCAUGUUCUUGUUUUCUUUGUAGAAUGGGAUUCUCUGCUGAACAGCUGGCGAAAUGGGUUGCAGAGCGCACUGAUGUUCAUGUAGGUAGUUUUUAUGUUAUUUUUUGUAGGUGAUUUGUUUUUGAAAUGCUUGUUUUAUUUGAUAAGUUCUAAAUGUGAAAGCUGUGAAAAUUUGUAUUACAUUUAUUUAAGUGUCAUCUUAUCAAAGUCUAUUGCAAAAAAAUUUUGACUAAAACUUUAAUUUCUUACACAAGACAUUUCUUCGUUGUCAGGACUUAAAAUGUAACUUCAUGUAUAAUAUCAUACAAAGAUAUGGGAUUUCCCUGUUGGCAUCUAUUGUCACUGUGAUCACUUCAGACCCCCGGCUUCUUUCAUAGCCAAGUAAGGGAAAAUAGCACCAAAACAAUGACGUAGCAUAUUAUAUGGCAGGUUAAAAUUAAAUUCAGAUUAAAAUUUUUCAACAUAGGUUGAUUCUCUGAAUAAUAAUAGGGCUAGAGAAUCAAUCUAGGUUAAAAAUUUUUAACCUGAGUGAAUAUAAUUUUGACCUGUAAUGUAUAAAAUUAACUAUAAGUCUCAGUGCAUGACACUCCUGCUCUUGACAUGAAAGAAGUCUGAUUUUUUUUUUCAUAGCCAUCUAGCUAGUGUAAUUUUUAUUCUUGUAAUUAAUAUUUCCUAGUUAUGUGUAACGACUGAACCCAAAUUUGCUUCAAAUUUUAGGUGAGAGUAUUCCGUCCCCCUAACUACAUGGGUGCAGUGAUAAUGGGAUUGCUGGUUGUGCUGAUUGGUGGACUGCUUUACGUGCGACGUAAAAACUUAGAAUUCCUCUAUAAUAAGACCUACUGGGCCAUUGGAUGCUUGGUAUGCGUAAACUCUUAGACUGGUACUGUUACAAUAAUGCUGUGUUUUGAUAACUGUUGGUCCGCACACAUAUUUAUCACAUAUUUUUAACCUUACAGUACUACAAUGGCGUUUAAUUCCAAUAUAUUUAACUAAAGAUAGAUAUUUUUAUAUUGAAACUUUUUCCUCCGAAAAUCAACUUUGACAAAUUCCAUGGUGGUACAUCCUAUUUUGUCAUAGCUUUAACCUUUUUUGUCUGUUGAUCAGUCAUUGCUGAAUCCCAUUGGCUGUUUCAAGGGGGUAAUCAACCACAUUGACCUGUGGGUAGCAUUUGAUCAGUUGUAUCCUGUGUACUCCUCCCAUGCCGUUAUGGUCUUGAUAAAUUCAUUCUAGUGAUCACAAAAUUGGCAGAAAUUUUGGGUGCAGGUCCAUAAGAUUAGAAGAGGGAUGAGAGGUAAUUUUGUUUGCCCCAUUGAAAUGCUGUCAACUAUUCGAAGCAAUCCUUCAGCUGAGAAAUGCUGGUCCAAACUGACAAAUACAAAAAGCACCAUAUAGUCUAUAAAAUUGAAUGAGAUGUUAAUAUUAUGGUUGAUUUGUUUGUCCCUCUGUGGUAGAUUGGGGAAGUUAGAGUUGUCUUUGUUGCUGUAAUAAAUAACAAAAUGAUUCUUUCCCUGACGUUGACGUUUCCCAUGACGUUUCCCUGAGCUUUCCCUCUGGAGAGAUCAAGCCAUACGUGUAAAAACUCUUGGGAAAACAAAAUUGUUUCCUUCCUGACUGGGCAUUACUGCGCUUUUCAAAAACACACGAACUCUAAAGUUUAAAAGCCGCCUUCACAAUUGCGUUUUUUGCUGCUUUCAAUCAUAAUUAUGAUCACAAGCAACGGAUCUUGAAACACAGAAACACAAAAAACUGAUCGAAAUCCACCAAUCACAGAUCACAAACCAUGCCCUUUUGAACCUGUUUAAGUAAAGUUCUGUUUUCUAAGAGAUGCACUAAGAUGAAUGAUAGCAGCAAAAAACGCAAACAUCAGUUUGCUUUUGAUCUUCGGAGUUCGUGUGCUUUUGAAAAGCGCAUUAAGUGUAUUUAUUAUUAUCUUUUCAGUUUAUAGUUUUUGCCAUGACUUCUGGGCAGAUGUGGAAUCACAUCCGAGGGCCUCCUUACGCUCAUCGAAAUCCACAAACUGGACAAGUGGUUAGUAAGAAAUGAGUGACUUAAUAACUGUUUUGACCCCUGGUAUCACUGACAAAUUAGAGCCCUGGGUAACAGGAAUUGCAGCAGCAGCAUACAAGUUGUCAUGCAUGUAACUACAGUAGUUUGUGGUACCUUUAGACAGCUUGGGCCAGGGCCAUGUGGUGUUUGUGAAAUACUUGUAUCCCAAAAAGAUAAGCUGUGAAAAAAUUGGCCUAUUUCUAUUGAAGGAUGGGCCUAGUGGCACAUAAUCACUCAAAACAUGCCUUUACCCGUCCCCCCCACCCCCCCACCCGCCCCUUACACACACUCUCCACUCCAUGUUUCACUCUAGUCUGCUACACAGCCGUUUUUAGUGUCGUCACGCAACGCUCCUCCCCACUAACGGCUGCUGAACAUCGAACCACAUUCCUUUCCCUUUGUGUUUGUGGUCUAACAAACAAACCAUUCAUGUAAAAGAAACUUGACAAUACGUGAGCCGCAGGGUGCUAGGAGCGAACACGCUUCCCAGUUUUCGACAAAUCAAUAAAUCAUCCCUGAGUUUUGAUGAGCUCUGUGUCUGCAAGCAACAAAAAGGUUGUUUGCAGAAAUGUUUGUUUUAAGCGGUUAACAAAAUUCCAAGGGAAAAAAAGGGUUUGAUAGGCCCACAAGACUCUUACCAGGUUCGGUUGGUUCUUUUUAACGUGCAUAUGUAUGAUGAAUUUCAUGUGCCGGAUGUGCUCAUUGUGUUGUUGUACACCCAUGUGAAGACUGUGAAGACUAAACUCUCAGAGGUACUGACUCAAACAAAAGCAAUCUUAUAAAUUAUCGAUAAGCGAUUUCCUGAAACUAUACCCAGCAACUUUAUAAGCACAUCCAUGUUGUGCGUCAUAUUUGCUCAACCUGCUUGCUGUUGCUGCUUAUCUCAAAAAUUUUUGGAGGACUGGACUACGACAACACUACUCUAGUUGAUUGCUUGUUUUCAUGCAAGGAUUUUGAAUGUUCUGUUAUUCACACAUGGGGCAACGAUAAAAGCAAAGCUGUGAUUGGAGGAGUCACCAUACUGCAAAUGUGGCGUGAACACCUUCCAGAAAAUGGGAGCUGAAUUCUGAUUGGCUAAUCACAGGAAAGGAAUGUGGUUUGAUUUUCAGCAGCCGUUGGUGGGGAGGAGCGUUGCGUGACGACACUAAAACGGCUAUGUAGCAGACUAUGUUUCACUCUAGAUUAAAAACUGAUUAGUGAAAGCUCAUCAUGCAGGAAGUAGCAAUAAGUUCGGAGAAGUUAACCUUAAUUGCAGUUUAUCCUCUUGAGAACUACAGAUUUUAGAUUGUUUUAACUCUUUCUUACUUGAGGUGGUGUAUGCACUAUUUAUUUAUGGGUCCUAUUUGCACCCUAACUGUUAUAGCUGUGCAGCUCUUUAAUUUUUUAUGUACAUAUAAUUUUCCCCGUAUAUUUUCAUGGUAUUUUUCUUCUCUCUGUAUUAAUAGCAUUUUUAUUGUUUAAUUGUUGUACAUGUACCUUGAAGUGGGAAAUGUAUUUGCCAGUCUGACUCAUAACAGUUUUAUUGUUUUACAGUUACUUUUAUUUAUUCAUUUGUUAUCAUGGGUGAAGACCUUAUUCUCUUUGCCUCUAGGGGUACAAAUGUACCUCUUUUUUACAAUGGAAGUAAAAACAAAAAUCCCAACCAUAAUUUUUCCAUAUGUUACUUUAUGAAAUAUUUAGCAUUUCUUAACAAUUAUGUGAUGUUUACAAUACCAUCUGUGUGUUUAUCGUCUUGCUCUAUUUUUUUUUUCAGAGUUAUAUCCAUGGAAGUAGCCAGGCUCAGUUUGUUGCUGAAACACACAUUGUGAUUGUUCUUAGUAUCCUUUUACUUUUUACUGGUUAAAAUUUAUUCAAAGUAAACUUUUUCUUUAUUAUAAUUAUACUUUGGGCUUUGUCACGUGUUGAUGGGUAGGAAUAUGUCAUGAAGAUAAGCAAAUGUAUUUAAUGUUGCAGAGGUAGGAUUUUUGGUGAUUGCCCAUCUUCCAAGCCACAGCCUCAUGUUCAAAAAGCUAGACAAGCUAGUAUAAUACAAAACAUAAUAUUAAGUAUACAUAAUAAGAUCUAAAAGACCUAACUUUUAAGUACAGCAUUCUUUAAAAGAGAAAACUUAAAAACAACGUAAGUAACAACGUCUCUACAAUAUCAUAAAUCGAAGCCCGAAGAACAUUUGUGUGAUAGACUAUUUAUGCCUUGACUGUUGUCUAAGAUGCUCUUUAUGUUGCUGGCAUGAUUCUUUUGAAUGAGAAGGCUCUUGAAGUCAAGGAAAUUGGAAAACGUAGAUGUAUGUAUCAGUGUUUGUUUUGUUUUGUUUUGUUUUUUCAAUACUUUGUGUUUUCCUAGAAUAUGAAGCCUAUUUUUAUAACUAGUUAAAGCUUUUUUUGAAAUCGUGCCUUUGUAAACAGAAAAAGGUUGAAGGAUGACUGCAACAAAAAUUGUGUCAAAAUGAAAUUUUGCUUAUUGCUGUGACAGCGGUACUGCAACUUGGGCACUAAGCAUCUUUUAUUGUUAACAAUUAUUUGGCUUCUCCUAUUAUGAAAACUAUUUGAAAAACAAGAAAAGAAAUAGAAAAUUUUGGAAAUAUUAAAAACUGUGGUCAAGCCAAGAAAACACACAGACUGUAUACAUUUCAGUGUUAAUUGUUAAUCCCAUUACGGAAUGAGUUUUUUGAAUUUUUGAAAAGAUAUGGAUUAAUUUAACAUGCUGUUUAUUUAACACUGAGGUCACAGAUAACGCAGGAAAUUCUGGAAUGUAAAUAAACUUUAAUAGGAUUCAAUUGCCAUCAACUCGCAUAAAAAUCUGUGUUUGGACCGAGAAUUUUAAAUACAGACUUUCAAAAUGAUGAAUUAUGGCUUAAAAACUUUUUUAUUGUGAACUUUCUUCCCGAAAAAAUUGUUCAGUCCUUAUGGUUAGGUUAAUGACUUCGGUUUUUGUCCGUUUCAUGCCUACCCACUUAAAGUGUGUUUCCUUGUGUUUCAGUUGUAGUCAUGGUCGGGCUUGGCCUUGUAGUACUGUUCUUCAGCUUGUUGCUGUCUGUGUUUCGUUCCAAGUACCAUGGAUAUCCAUACAGGUAA